CACUCUCGCUCUGUAAGUGGGCAGAGCGAGCACAGAGGGCUCGUGCGCCGCCGAGGCAGGAAUCUCGUGUCGUUUUCGGUCCCCGCUCCGCACAACGACGUCUCUCCGCUCGCCCUCUGCCUGGAUUUUAACUCUCAUUCCCCGCAUUGUGACACCACUGCAACCACCGGAGAGGGGAGGAGAAGAAAAGUCAAGAGUUCACUGAUUCUCACCAGCGCGUGGGAGAACCGCCAGGUUUUCGCUGGGCCUCUCCAGGUGGAACCUGAGCGACAGGAUUCCCAGGGUUGGAUGCUGGACCUCUCACCGCGGAGGUCAAGGUUGUCAGAUGGCGGGGCUUCAAACUCAGCGAGGACACGUCAGCACAGGACAUGCCCACUGUACCUGAUGCAUCAGGCCGGACUCAGUCCCCUGAGAUGUUACUGAGCGACGAGGAUGGGUCAGAAAAGGAAAUCGCACCGGUGAGGCAGACGAGCCGCGCAAACCACCGCAGCUACACAGACUGACACGGCCAUGCCACGCCUGCCCUCCUGAUUCUCCUCCCACACCUCUGCUCCUUCCCUCGGUCAAAUCAGACUCACGUCAGCCACCCCCUCCCCCCUGCCAGAAAACCCCCUCUGUCAGGUCAGCAUGGCUACACCUUUCCUGUGGAAGCUGUCGUCCCAGAAGCUGGGCUUCUUCCUGGUCAGCUUCGGGUUCAUCUGGGGCAUGAUGCUGCUGCACUUCACCAUCCAGCAGCGAGCCAGCCACGAGAACAGCGCCGUGCUGAGGCAGCAGAUCCUGGACCUCAGCAAGCGCUACAUCAAGGCUUUAGCCGAGGAGAACCAAAGCGUCAUGGACGGGCCCUAUGUGGGUACCAUGACCGCUUACGACUUGAAGAAGACCCUCGCCGUGCUGCUGGAUAACAUAAUGCUGAGGCUGGGCAAGUUGGAGUCCAAGGUGGAAAACAUCUACAACGGCACGGGAGGCAACCUGACCAACGGCACCAGCACCGCCACGCCCAGCGCCACAAACGCCGAGAAAGUGAACGUGGCAGACCUCCUAAAUGGAGCCCAGGAGAAGUGCGAGCUGCCGCCGUUGGAAGGGUUCCCUCACUGCGAGGGCAAGCUCAAGUGGAUGAAGGAGAUGUGGCGCUCUGACUCCUGUUACGGCAACUACGGCGUGGACGGAUCCACCUGCUCCUUCUUCAUCUACCUCAGCGAGGUGGAGAACUGGUGUCCUCGCCUGCCUUGGAGGUCAAAGACCCUGAAUGAAGAAAUAGACCGGAGAGGACAGGCGGAGAUCCGGACCAGCUUCGAGGAGCUCUACCGCGUGAUGUCGCAGCGCGAGGAGUUCCGCUGGAUGAUGCUGCGGAUCAAACGCAUGGCCGAGCCGUGGGUCGGCGCCAUCCGCUCGCUGGCCGGCAAGCAGAACCUGGGCAGGCGUCGGAGGAAGAAGAUCCUGGUGCACUUGGGUCUGCUCACGAAGGAGUCGGGCUUCAAAAUAGCAGAAAACGCCUUCAGCGGCGGACCGCUGGGCGAGUUGGUCCAAUGGAGUGACCUCAUAACCACGCUGUACCUGCUGGGCCACGACGUUCGCAUCUCAGCCUCUCUGGCCGAGCUCAAAGAGAUCAUGCGCAAAGUCAUGGGGAACAAAUCCAGCUGCCCGACGCAGGGUGACAAAGUGGUUGAGCUCAUCUACAUUGACAUCGUGGGCCUCACCCAGUUUAAAAAGACACUGGGACCCUCCUGGGUCCACUACCAGUGCAUGCUGCGGGUGCUGGAUUCGUUCGGGACGGAACCAGAGUUCAACCACGCUCACUACGCCCAGUCCAAGGGUCACAAGACUCCGUGGGGGAAGUGGAACCUCAACCCGCAACAGUUCAACACCAUGUUCCCUCACACUCCAGACAACAGUUUCCUGGGCUUCGUCGUGGAGCAGCACCUCAACGCCAGCGACAUCAAGCACAUCGAUGACAUCAAGAGGCAGAACCAAUCGCUAGUCUACGGCAAGGUCGACAACUUCUGGAAGGACAAAAAGAAAUACCUGGACGUUAUCCACAGCUACAUGGAGGUCCACGGCACGGUGCACGGCACCAGCACAGUGCACCUCCCGAGCUACGUCAAGAAUCACGGCAUCCUGAGCGGCCGAGACCUGCAGUUCCUCCUCCGAGAAACCAAGUUGUUUGUGGGUCUGUCCUUCCCCUACGAGGGUCCCGCUCCCCUGGAGGCCAUCGCCAAUGGCUGCGCAUUCCUCAACCCCAAAUUCAACCCGCCGAAGAGCAGCAAGAACACGGACUUCUUCAAGGGGAAACCCACGCUGAGAGAGCUGACCUCACAACAUCCGUACGCGGAGGUGUACAUCGGUGAACCCCACGUGUGGACGGUGGAUAUCGAGAACUCUGCCGAGGUGGAGAGGGCCAUCCGCUCCAUCCUCAGCCAGAAGAUCGAACCCUACCUGCCCUAUGAGUUCACCUGUGAGGGGAUGCUGCAGAGAGUCAACAGCUUCAUCGAGAACCAGGACUUCUGCCACGGUCAGGUGAUGUGGCCUCCCCUCAGCGCUCUGCAGGUCAAACUGGCCGAGCCGGGCCGCUCCUGUAAGCAGGUGUGUCAGGAGGAGCAGCUCAUCUGCGAGCCAUCCUUCUUCCAGCACCUCAACAAGGACAAGGACCUGGCCAGGUUUGGCGUGGACUGUCAGACGGUGGAGUCGAGCGCCGACACGGUGGUGCCGGCCUACAGCCAGUCUCGCCGCCACUGCAUCUUCCAGUCCGACCUGUUGCUGUUCAGCUGCGCGGGCGCCCACCAGUCGCUGCAGCGCGUCUGCCCCUGCCGCGACUACAUGAAGGGCCAGGUGGCUCUCUGCAAAGACUGCCUAUAGCACCAGCACACAGGCUGAUGGGAGGAGGAGGAGGAGGGAGGAGGGGGGGUGCUGACGGAGGAUUUGACAGGGGAGUGGGUGGGUGUAGGUGGUCGUGUUUGUGGGUGGCAGAAUGAUGUCAGAGCAGCUUAACGGGUGUGCGAGCGCUGUUCAUCAUAUUUAUUGUUUCCCCGUCAGCUGCUGGACGUGAAAGCAGCCCGACCUGAGCAUCCGUCAAACCCCCCUCCCCACCCCACCCCCUCCACCCCCGAUUCACAGAGUCCUGGAGGCCGUGUACAAAUACUUGAAUCCGCAAAAAGGGAGUGGUCUUAGACUUUAAAGCUGCAGCAGAAGAGCUCCCACCUUGGUAAGACUGCACAUAUCAGUGACUUCCUGCCUGUUUGGCGUCAGGUUCAGGGCAGCAACGGGACCAAGGAGACUCAAACGCCCCCCUUCCCCCCCUCCACCUCUACCUGACACCCCCACCCCUCCUCCCCUUCCACUACUUACCCAUCCAUCCACGUCUCCUGGUCUAAUCUGAAACUGUUUAUUCUUUUAGGUAGGUUUGCACUGGACUGGAAUCCCCGCCACACACACACACACACAUUCACACAUAUAUAUAAUAUAUAUAUUCACACACAGACGCACACACACGCAGGGGGACAGGCUUAAGAAGAACCCAGUUUUACACUGUAACCGACUUGUUCCUCCUCUCCUGGAUGAAGCAGACAUGUAACGUAGAAGUUUAGAUUUUUAUCCUGACACGUCCUCCACGUUUGAAGCGGUCUUCGUCCCCCCCUUUAAAGACAGGAAGGUGUAGGUUUUUCAUUUUUCACGUAUGAGUUGCACAUUUGUUUUAAACGAUAGCUAUAAAGAGGUUCCAGGGUGUGUGUAUGUAUGUAUGUGUGUGUGUUUCUACAAGAGGCCAGUAUCGUCCAAAUGUUUUAGCCCGACUGUUUCAGCACACCGGUACCGGUUACUACGCACACAGGGAGGGGAAGGGGGGUGAGGGUCGUUCUCUGUAGCUAAAGCUGUCGUGCCGUCGUUGUCGUAGAUGAUAGGCCGUCGUCGGUAGCAGUGGUAACACCUAAACACCUCGGCAGCGAAACACGCAGAAAACGUGAAAACCUUCCCGAAACGUGUUCGCCCGCGUCCUCGCGCUCGUCUCCCGCCCAACCAGACGACAAGCUGUAAAUCAAUUCAAGCUAACUGUAACAAAAAAAAAAACGCGCCAACAGAGCGUCCCCCAACGACGCCAAAAAAACAACUCCUUGUUUCUCUCUGGAUAAUCAUUAGGAUCUUAAUUUGCCUGCAGAUUUGCAAAGAGAAAAAAAAAAUGAAGACAAACGUGAAAAAAAUCGUAGUUCUUGUGGUGAAUGGAAAAAAAAUGCACUACGUUAAUCUAUUCGCAGAGGUUUAACAAGAUAUUAGUAACACUGUAUAUUGUUCAUAUGGGUUUAAAAGUUUUUCUUUUUUAUUUAUUUUGUAUACAGAUCUUUAUCUCUGUGUUUUGCUGGAUAUCUUUGUUUUUUUUUUAUUUAUAGGAGGGGGUGUCUUCUUUCUUUUUCCUUUUUUUUUUAAUAGAUUUUUAUUUAUGGAGGGUAUAAUUAAAGAAAGGACAAACAAACAAAAAAAAAGUGCUUAUCUUCAAGUGUAUGACCGAGAGGUGGGAGGGAGAGGUUCUGUCUGCUUCUAUUCAGCUUCCAGCAGUGAUGCGAGGAGAAAACGCUGAAAGACGUGUCCAAUGUUGGAGAGGAAAAGGAGCGAGUUACUCCUGGGGGGGAAAAAAAAGUAUUUGUCCUCCAGUUCAGAGGGCAGAAAAAGAAUUUUGUAAGCACAUAAAUUAUAAUAUUUAAUAUAUAAUAUAAGUCCAUACCUGAGCUGGACCUGGAGUCAUACUUUUGUGGUUCACCUGACAUUUUUUUAUAGAAAAUGUUCCUUUAAACGCUCAGAAAUUUGCACGACAUUUGGUUUUAAACCUAAAUCUUUAGAGCAAGUUUUAACCACAGAAGAAGAGCGGCCUCCCGUCCUUCCUCUCAUCACUGUCUCCUGAAGACGGACAGCAGUGGACAAACGCACCUCGUCUUGUAGUCUUGAAGCCAGCAGGAGCCUCAUACACUUUGUGCUUUGAUUUUUCCGAUCUCAGUUCUUCUGUUUGCACACGUGUAAAUUCAGCCUGAAGCUCCAGUGUUCCACCUUCUACUCUGUCACUGUCAGCUCGGGCUGUUUUUAUGUUUUGUUUU